AUGGCCGCGAUGAGGACUUUAACCGCGGCGGGUCUCGUCCUAGCCUUGUGCGCCCUCGGCCUGAUCGCGGUGGCCAUCGGCACAGACAACUGGUACGAGACGGACGCCAGGCGGCACCGAGAGCGCUGCAAGAACUACUCGAACAAGAGGACCGACCCGGGCUACAUUUACACUUCUAACAACAACCUCCCGCUGCGCAUGCUGCCCAAGGGGGCCGCGGGUUCGGAUUCGGAGGCGAGGCUGGCCGGGCUGCGGUCUCGGCGGCACCUGGCGCCACAAGCAUCUGCCAUGGAGUCGCUAUGUAAUCGGCAUUUCAACUCCACCGUCACCGGACUGUGGAGGAGGUGUCAUCGGAUAGGAUUUGAUUUGGAGACCGAGGAUUUAAUCUUUAAAGGAUUGGUUGCACGUUGCACCCCAAUAAAAUACUACUACUCUUCAUCGGCACUACCCAGGAAUGUGCCCAUCAACCUGACCAAGACGAUCCGGCAGGAUGAGUGGCACGCACUACAUCUCCAGAGGAUGACGGUGAGUUUUAUUGGUAUGGCCAUCUCCAUCAUCCUGUUUGGCUGGACCAUCGGCGUGCUGGGCUGUUUGAAGGCACAUGACCUCAUGCAGUAUGUUGCUGGACUGCUCUUCCUCAUGGGAGGAACAUGCUGCAUCAUCUCCCUCUGCACUUGCGUGGCGGGAAUCAACUUUGAACUGUCACGUUACCCUCGUUACAUGUUCGGAAUACCGGAAGACAUCAGUCACGGCUACGGGUGGUCCAUGUUCUGCGCGUGGGGCGGGCUAGGACUGACUCUGCUGGCCGGGUUCCUGUGCACGUUGGCCCCCUCCCUCUACCCGCCGCACACACCUGUGGCCCACAAGCCACGACAGGAGAACGGUUGCGUGUGA